AUGGUGCCUCUGGGUGCCGCUGAUCCGGGCCCGGCCACAACAGUCAAAGAACAGAAACACAAAAACGCAGAGAUCCGAGAGAAGCACCAGGUUCUUCUCGACAAUGAUACACAGACUAUGUCCCCUUCCCUCAACAUUGCGACCGAUGGACUUCCCUUCCUGGGUAAUAUGGGCCGGACCGGCAUGGACGGCCAGUUUGCCCGUAUGAUCCCGCAGCGCUCAGCAAUCGACUGGCGCCCCCAGCGCCCUGCCAGCGACCGCAAGGCCCGCGCUGGAAAUCCUUGCGCACUGUCAUUGGCCAAUAAUAGGGCAGUUUUACACCUCUGUAGUUAG